AAAUACUGCUCAGUUCUCAUCGGUCCAGAACAAAAGGAAACUAUAGCUCAAUAAUUCUUAGCAGUGUUGAAAAUGUGAGAUAAACUGAUCCUGACUAAUCUGAUUAUAUGGGUAUAUGUAGAAUUUCUGUUAACAGCAUCUUAUCCUUGGAUCAUAUUUUAAUGGCCAUAAACUAAAAGUGAUUUCUCUGAAGUGCAAUUUGUACAUGAUAAAGAUUUGUUGUCCAACUUUUACAUUAAAAACAUAUAUCUGGUACAGCUUUUAGUGAAAGACACUCUGAAUUUGAAUCAGCUCUACUUGCAUAUAAAAUCAUUCAAAGGGUUUCUAUAGUGCAUCAUAUGAUGGGCUAGAGACAGUGAUCAUCACUCACAGCUUUUUGUAAAUGCUGCUGAAGCAAACUAUGGCUGCUUUGGCUUUUGCAUCUCUCCUUUGCAUCUCAGCAUGACACCACAGUUUGACUGUAAUCCUUACAGCUGAACAAAUAAGUGGGUGGAAUAAAAAAUAAACACAGCCAAAGUUCAGUUGCUCUGAUCAGCCUUAUAAUCAGUACGUCUCCCUCUGUCCAGCCUGUGCUUUGGUGUCUGUGGAUGAAGAAGUUCACCAUGAUGCGUGCAACCCUGUGUAUCUGGAUCUUAUCAGCAGUGGUCUGCGUGGGCAGAGGCCAUCACCACGAAGGUCACGACCAAGACACUGCACUCGACAGCAGUGCUGACAGCGUCUCACUGGUGACUUCAGCAAACAAAGAGUUUGCCUACCGUAUGUACAAAAAGUUAGCAGCUCACGCUGAAUCUCAAGGCAAGAAUAUCUUCUUCUCACCAGCUAGUUUGUCCAUCGCCUUGGCUGCCUUGUCUGUUGGAGCACGGGGGGAGACCCACCGGCAGCUCUUCAGUGGUCUGGGUUUCAACAGCUCUCUACUGACGCAGACAGUUGUGGAUCAGUCCUUCCGUACGCUCCUACAAAGGGCAAACAAGACAUCUCAAGAAGAUAUCAGCGAAGGGACUGCUGUGUUUGUGGAUAACCACUUCAAGCCACAGCCUGAGUUCCUGGACGUCUUGAAGCAGUCCUACUUUGCAGAUGGGUUUGAAGUUGACUUCACCAAAACCACAGACAGUGCCGACACUAUCAAUAAGUAUGUGGAGGAGAAGACCAACGGGAAGAUUGAUAAGCUGGUAGAAAGCCUGGACCCAAGCACAGUCAUGUAUCUCGUCAGCUACAUAUUCUACAAAGGAAAGUGGGCGACUCCAUUUGAUCCCAAGCUCACCAAGAAGGGCAUGUUCACUGUUGAUGAGAGCACCAAGGUUCCUGUCCAGAUGAUGAAUAUGGAGCAGGAAUUUGAUACUUAUUAUGACCAGGCAAUUAACACGUCGGUCCUCCACCUUCCCUUCAGCAACUCCUACUCCAUGCUGCUGUUGUUGCCUGAUGAUAUGGCGACACUGGAGAAUGACAUUUGUCCAAGCCACGUCAUCAAAUGGCUUAAGGGGAAGGUGUCCAGGACUUAUGAUGUAUAUAUUCCAAAGUUCUCCAUCAAGACUUCUUACUCCCUGAAGGAUAUUUUGAUUGAAAUGGGAAUGACAGACAUGUUUAGUGAUCGAGCAGAUCUGAGCGGCAUUUCAGAGGAGCGGGAACUGCUUGUCUCAGAGGUUGUGCAUAAAGCUGCUCUAGAUGUCGAUGAGGCUGGAGCCACUGUCGCAGCUGCUACAGGCAUAGAAUCCCAAUUUAUGUCCUGGACCAUCUACCCUGUCUUGAAGUUCAAUCGACCAUUUAUGGUCCUGAUCACUGAGCACACCACAGAAAACAUCCUCUUUAUGGGCAAGAUUAUCAACCCAAACAUCUGAUGGAGUUAACACUUUGUGUUCACUCAGGCACCAAUGUUGCAUCACAUA